CUUCUCCCAUUGCAUUUGUCAAAGUAGGUCGCUUUUUCUGGACAAAAACAAAAAGAUGGAAAAUUGAGUUUGUUACCCAAAAAAUCGCACUGGAAAUGCUCUGUGCAGUGCAGUAAAUAUGAAUUUCUCACCCACUCUCAUUAGUCUACCGAGUGAUGAAAGUUACGAAGGCAUCCUGCGCGUAAAGAUGUCCAGCCUAAAUUUAGCCAAAACAGACUGUGAUGGGACAUUUGAGAUGUCCACUGAAGUGGAGGAAAAUCUGGAAGAUUCCCUUGAUUCUGCCUCCUCGCCUGUGAGGAGGUCAACAAGACUGUCAAAGAAUGAUUCCCGGACGAAAGAUCCGCUGCACAAGAUAAAUCGACGUACAAUAAUGAAGCCCAAGAGAUGCUUCCAGCCCACGACUGAGAAGCAGAUUGAGGCUUACUACCUGAACAAGAAAGUGGUGAAGAGGUGUACACCGCUGGAGACAAUUUUUGAAGAGCCUAAAGUCAUCAAAGAGAAAGUUACAUUGCUGGGAAAUAGGAAAGUCAAUAGAAGCAUAAAGUUCACAGAUGGCAAGAAUAUUAGCAAAGUCACAAUUCAGAAUCGCAGGAAGAGGAUCAGAGAGAUGUUUGGGAGGGCUCAGAAGUUCAAGAAGGUCUCAAUGGAGUAUUUCCUGGAACAUUUCACAGGGGUCAAAUCGACAGAAUCAGAUCAGCAUUCAUCAAAUCAGCAAGAAGAUUCACCCAAUAAUUCAGAUUUUCCACCAUCCAUAUCAAACCCUUGAGGCUUUGUACAAUCGUCUGAGGGAUCACAAUCACUGCCUGGCGAGACACCCACCUUUUGGUAUUUCUGGAGGGGAAAAGGAGUUUACUUUUUAAAAGACGUUUGAGGUUCAAUCACCUUCGCGGCUGAAAAGGAGGCAAAAGCAGGAGGAUUUUCAGGUACGUGAGUCGUGAGAUACUUACAGUGGCCGGAAGUUAAUUCACACAUUCGAUUUAGGGGAAAAAUACAAAGGGCUCAUUUUUUCAAUGGGAAAUAUUAUGAAAUUUUUAAAAAAUUGACGAGACCUAAUUUAACAAUAAAUUGAGAACUUUUAGACAAAAAAUAUAACGUAAAUAUUGAUUAAUUUAAGAAAACUGAAAAAAUAGAAAAUUUACUCUGACUUGAAUAAAAUUAUGAAACUUA